CCGGGGCAUGGGUUAUAUCCGGUAAAGAUUGCAGGGGAUUUCACAAGUUUUGUAAGCCUUUUAUUCACAGCUGCAUUGUAAGAUUUUAUUAAUAACACAGAUCUAAAAUUAGAACAAGUCACAGAGAAGUAUAUAGAUUGCAAAAUUAUCGCCACACUGUCAAAUCAUUAGAUAUUUAUACAGAAAGAAGAACGUCGACAAUUUCCAGCUUAGCAACUGAUAUUCAAUCAAAAUUUUCAACAAAGAAUAUAAAAAAGAAGAAACAAAGAAAACAAAAAUUGAGUUUUGUCGAGAAGAAAAACCAACAAUCAGUUGUGGGACAAUGAACAACGACUACGACGAUGUAGACUCAUUUUCCCUGUACUUCCAGCCUUAUUCACAGAUAGCCCCUAAUAACCAGGCUUACACAGACUACAAUCCUAAUUAUCAGAACCAAGGGUAUUAUGUUCCCCAGAAUGGUUUAUAUCAACAGCAAUAUGGCUAUGAUGCAAAUUACUACAGUUACUAUCCAUCCAAUCAACAGUUUGUAUCGGAUCCUAACGUGAACAGCUACGUGUAUAAUGGUGCUGGUAAUUACGGAGAAUAUAGCAAUUAUCAGGAACAGUGGAGUGAAGGGAAUCAACCAUCCAUUCCUGGACAAUCAAAAUCAUAUCGGAACAAUCGGCCACGAGGGCGUCAAAACAACCGACGCAAUCCGACAAACACUCAGUAUCAAGAAACUCAGGCGACCAAUGGAUCCAAAUCGGAUUCCAGACAAGCCGAGUUGGGUGUUAAUAAUGGAAGCAGUGGUGCUGCAGGUGCAGAAAUCUCUAGCGCAUCUAGCACAAGUGACGACAGAACAGGUCUGUCUGGUCCUAAUAAUGCAUCGUUCAGUAAAGAAUCAAACGAGCGGACAUAUAAACCAAAAACUCGAUGGGAAAACUCUUCCUACGAAAAAGGCAGAAACAGACAAACAUCGAACAAUAAGGAAAAUAAUUUCUCAGGUCACGUGACAUCUCAGGAAUAUGGUGGCAGCACAAGCAGUCGUCAAGGCAAUAAACGGACUUACAGUGCAUCAACUAGUUCAAAAUAUGAUCGUGGAAAAUCUUACGAAAAACAAAAAGAUAGACAUUUGGAAGAAGCGGUUGAAAAAUUUGCACAAGAUGCCAAAGAUCCGAAAAUAAAAUCUAAAUUAAACAAAAAUAAACCAGCAAAGAAAAAAGCCGUUGAAUCAUCUGAAAAUGUAGAUCAGAGAACUCGUAUGAUAGAUCAGUUAUCUAAAGGAAGAUAUGAAUGUAUGGUGUGUUGUGAGAAUAUGAAGGCGGAUACGGCCGUGUGGAAUUGUUCCAGUUGUUUUCAUCUAUUUCAUCUUUUCUGUAUUAAAAAAUGGGCAAGGUCUUCAACAGCUCUUGUAGAGGGAGGUUCAUCAGAAGGUUGGAGAUGUCCAGCUUGUCAAAAUAUAACAGAAAAAGUUCCUAAUCAAUAUAGAUGUUUCUGUGGUAAAAUACGAGAUCCGAUCUAUAAUAGAUAUGAUACUCCACACAGCUGUGGUGAUGUCUGUCGUAAAAGUAGAAAAGGCGAUUGUCAACAUCCAUGUACAUUAUUAUGUCACCCUGGUGCCUGUCCUCCAUGUAGUGCUAACGUUACUAAAUCUUGUGAUUGUGGACAAAUCAAACAAACGGUACGCUGUGGAUUAAAUAUUGGAUUAAAGUGCGACACUGUUUGUGGUAAAAAGUUGAACUGUGGUCGUCAUGAUUGUUUGGUUAAAUGUCAUUCUGGACAAUGUCAUCCCUGUGAUCAGUCUGUUAUACAAGAGUGUUAUGGUCAUCAUACAAGUCGUACAGCUUUAUGCGGUUCUAUAGAAGAUCAAGAGAUGUCUUUCUGUUGUUUACAGCCAUGUAACAAGAUAUUAGCAUGUGGAAAUCACAGAUGUGAGAGUCUUUGUCAUCCAGGCGAUUGUGCUGCAUGUCCGUUAUUACCGGAUCAAAUAACAAAAUGUCCGUGUGGUAAAACAGAAUUGAAAGAAUUAUCUGAAGAAACAAGAACAUCGUGUCUAGCACCUGUACCUACGUGUGAUAAACCAUGUAAAAAACAACUGAAAUGUGGACCACAAGAUCGUCAUCAUGUAUGUAGGAAAGUUUGUCAUGAAGGAGAAUGUCCGCCCUGUGAAGGUAGCACCAAGAUUAAAUGUCGAUGUAAGAAUGUGGAGAAAAUGUUUUCUUGUACAAAAGUUGCUGAAUAUAAUGAGUUAAAUCCGUUUUUAUGUGAUAAGAGGUGUACGAAGAAGAGACUGUGUGGAAGACAUAAAUGUGGAGAUGUUUGCUGUGUGAAAGAUGAGCAUAUCUGUGAAAUGAAGUGUAACAGGAAGUUGAAUUGUGGGAAACAUAAAUGUGGCACUUCCUGUCAUUCUGGAAAUUGUUUGCCUUGUUACGAAGCUAGUUUUGAUGAGUUAUCGUGCCAUUGUGGAUCAGAGGUUAUAUUUCCACCUGUUUCAUGUGGUACCAGACCACCAGAAUGUACCAAAGUGUGUCGUAGACAACAUGACUGUGACCAUAAAGUUCGCCAUAAUUGUCACAGUGAAGAUAAAUGUCCACCGUGUACUGAGUUGAUGAGUAAAAUGUGUGUUGGUGGUCAUGAGUUACGUAGGAAUAUAGCAUGUCAUAUAAAAGAUAUAGUCUGUGGCUAUCCGUGUGGUCGAAUCUUACCAUGUGGAAAACAUAAAUGUAAACAAACUUGUCAUAAGGGUGAAUGUUUAUCAGAGGGUGAACUGUGUAAUCAGACAUGUGACAUCAAAAGAGAGGAGUGUGGUCAUCCAUGUGCUUCUCCAUGUCAUCCAGAUAAACCUUGUCCUAAACUGCCCUGUAAAACUGAGGUGACUAUCAAAUGCGACUGUGGAAAUCGUCAAGGAAAGAUUUUGUGUCAACUUGGUGGAGAGGAUAAUGCAGAUAUACCCGAUUAUCAAAAGAUAUCUGUUGUAAGUUGGAUGAAUAAAGGAGCAGUUGAGAUGUCUCAAUAUAAAAAAGGUGCUCGAAGGCAAUUAGAAUGUGAUGCCGAUUGUGCGAGGUUAGAAAGAAACCGACGUCUAGCUUUAGCUCUAGAAAUAGAGAACCCAGAUUUACAGACUAAACUAGGAAACCAAACCUACACUGAUUUUAUAAAAGACUUUGCUAGGAAGAAUACAGAGAAAGCUGCAAACAUAGAAAAAGCCUUAUAUGAUUUAGUAAAUAAUGCUAAACAGUCAAAGUAUCCAUCAAGAAGUCAUUCAUUCCCUGCCAUGAAUCGGGACAAUCGUCAAUUUGUGCAUGAAUUAGCAGAGUUUUAUGGAUGUGAAACCCAGAGUUAUGACAACGAACCCAAGAAGAAUGUCGUAGCUACAGCUUACAAGUAA